CCAAAGUCAACACAUUAUAAAUGUAUUCAUUUUUCCAACACUAUUGAUAAUCUAUUUAAAACGUUAUACUUAUAAAUAAGAUACAAAUAACUUUUACAUGUACUUUCCAGACGUCCUCUAAUUUCACGUCAAAUGAUCUAACGGGUUCGUUUUUGUUCUAUUGUAAACAUUUCAAAGAAAUGCUUCGUAAGCGCAAGUCUUCAGGAGGAGCUGUGCCUUCAACACAAGCAAAGAGAGCGAAGAAGCGUUUGACUGCUCAAGACAAACUGACACUGCAAAACAGUGGAACCCAGGAAACCAAGCAACCUAGAGAAGAAUCACGAAUUGAAAAGGCCAUAUUUGACCAAUGGGAGCAGGACGACUUUUGUUUUAUUUCAACGAAUGCGUGUAAAGAAGUAGAGAAAAUAAUAAAAAACAGGAACCUGGUUAUUGUGGCUGGUCACUCAGGAUCCGGAAAGUCGGCCAUCAUUCAACAUAUUGCGCUCCAAUACAGAGAACAAGGCUGGACCGUAAAACGAGUAAAAAAGGUAGAAGACAUCGUGGAUGAAUAUAAUUCAAGUCGAUUUAAAAAAGAUAAGACUAUUUGUGUUUUUAAUGAUCCAUUGGGAAAAGAAUAUUUUGAUGAAAUUUUGAAUAAUUCGUGGCAAACAAAUGAAGAGGAAUUAAAGUUGUACUUAGAAACAGCAAAACUCGUGAUGUCGUGUAGAAAUCACAUUAUUUCUGACACGAGAGUGACACACUAUCUUGUGAACCCAUCAGAUAUUUUAAACAUCGAUAAUAACAAAAAUAAAUUAUCUGUUAAGGAAAAACGGCAGAUUUUGAAAAAAUAUACCUCCGAUAUUCAUUUUUCCGCCAAGGAUCGCCAUAAGAUCGUUGAAGUUGAAAGAUAUUUCCCGUUAUUGUGUAAAUUGUAUUCUAGCAAAGAGGAAUACAAAAAUAAGGGUAUAGAAUUUUUUACAGAACCUGUAACAGUGUUGAAAAAGGAAAUACUAGGGUUCAGAAAAAAAGACAAGGAUUAUCCCGCUGAAACAAUAAAACACGCUGAUAUUGGAUUCCUCAGAAAAAGAGUAAAAUUAGGAAAUUGUGACGAACACGGCGACUCUUUCACUAUCUAUUUAAGUGACAGAUACAUUGACGAACUUGGACAAAGGCUUUAUAUUGAACUGUAUGGAGAACGCCUGGUAGAUGUCGUACUUAACCCUUGUCUCAGGAAUGAAAAAGUAAUUGAAGUACUGAAAAAGAAGAUAACAGAUCAUCCCGAAAAUCUACAGAUGUUGUUAGAAACCAACAAACUUUCAAUUUAUAAACAAGAGCUUGAUCGGGCAUCUGAAAAAUUAAUUAUGCAUAAAUUUACAUUUUUGAAAUUAGAAAAUGCAGUAUCGCCUUUGUUUGCUGUCAUUGCAUUUUGUCAUACACAAUUAUCACAAUAUUGCUUAAACAACCUACAAAAAAUGCAAACUAAUUUUAUCGAAUGUUUUCCUGCUCUGUGUUGCAAUGGUUCAGUAGAAUUGUUUACUUCUGCUUUUAAAGGCCAUGCAGAAGAAUCUUUAAAAAAAACAUGGGGAAAACUUUAUCCUAUUCACAUUGUAUCUCUGUUCCAUAAUUAUGAAUUACUUGUUGAGUUGAUUAAAAUAGGCGUAAAAGUCAAUGAAAUGACUGACGGACACGGUGGUUGGACGCCUCUUAUGUUAGCAGCUGGUAACAAUACUGAAUUCCGGGAAUAUAACAAUAUAGAAUCAGGUGCAGAACGAAGAAAUAAAACUGUACAACUUUUACUGAUUAAUGGAGCAGACAUUAAUUUAUGCAACAAAAACGGAAUCAGUCCUCUCUAUAUAGCUUGUCAAAACGGACAUGAUAGCACUGUACAACUUUUACUGAGUAAUGGAGCAGACAUUAAUUUAUGUGAGGAGCACGGACUUAGUCCUCUCUAUAUAGCUUGUCAAAACGGACAUGAUAGCACUGUACAACUUUUACUGAGUAAUGGAGCAUACAUUAAUUUAUGCAAGAAAAACGGAGCCGGUCCUCUCUAUAUAGCUUGUCAAAUCGGACAUGAUAGCACUGUACAACUUUUACUGAGUAAUGGAGCAGACAUUAAUUUAUGUGAGGAGCACGGAGUUAGUCCUCUCUAUAUAGCUUGUCAAAACGGACAUGAUAGCACUGUACAACUUUUACUGAGUAAUGGAGCAGACAUUAAUUUAUGUCAGGAGAACAGAGUUAGUCCUCUCUAUAUAGCUUGUGCAAACGGACAUGAUAGCACUUUACAACUUUUACUGAGUAAUGGAGCAGACAUUAAUUCAUGUCAGGAGCACGGACUUAGUCCUCUCUAUACAACUUGUGCAAACGGACAUGAUAGCACUGUACAACUUUUACUGAGUAAUGGAGCAGACAUUAAUUUAUGUCAGGAGAACGGAGCCAGUCCUCUCCAUAUAGCUUGUCAAAACAGACAUGAUAGCACUGUACAACUUUUACUGAGUAAUGGAGCAGACAUUAAUUUAUGUCAGGAAAACGGACUUAGUCCUCUCUAUAUAGCUUGUGCAAACGGACAUGAUAGCACUGUUCAACUUUUACUGAGUAAUGGAGCAGACAUUAAUUUAUGUCAGGAAAACGGACUUAGUCCUCUCUAUAUAGCUUGUGCAAACGGACAUGAUAGCACUUUACAACUUUUACUGAGUAAUGGAGCAGACAUUAAUUUAUGUGAGGAGCACGGAGUUAGUCCUCUCUAUAUAGCUUGUCAAAAGGGACAUGAUAGCACUGUACAACUUUUACUGAGUAAUGGAGCAGACAUUAAUUUAUGUGAGGAGCACGGAGUUAGUCCUCUCUAUAUAGUUUGUUUUGAUGGACAUGAUAGCACUGUACAACUUUUACUGAGUAAUGGAGCAGACAUUAAUUUAUGUCAGGAGAACGGACUUAGUCCUCUCUAUAUAGCUUGUCAAAACGGACAUGAUAGCACUGUACAACUUUUACUGAGUAAUGGAGCAGACAUUAAUUCAUGUCAGGAGCACGGACUUAGUCCUCUCUAUACAACUUGUGCAAACGGACAUGAUAGCACUGUACAACUUUUACUGAGUAAUGGAGCAGACAUUAAUUUAUGUCAGGAGAACGGAGCCAGUCCUCUCCAUAUAGCUUGUCAUAACAGACAUGAUAGCACUGUACAACUUUUACUGAGUAAUGGAGCAGACAUUAAUUUAUGUCAGGAGAACAGGGUUAGUCCUCUCUAUGUAGCUUGUCAUAACGGACAUGAUAGCACUGUACAACUUUUACUGAGUAAUGGAGCAGACAUUAAUUUAUGUCAGGAGAACGGAAUCAGUCCUCUCUAUAUAGCUUGUGCAACCGGACAUGAUAGCACUGUACAACUUUUACUGAGUAAUGGAGCAUACAUUAAUUUAUGCAAGAAAAACGGAGCCGGUCCUCUCUAUAUAGCUUGUCAAAUCGGACAUGAUAGCACUGUACAACUUUUACUGAGUAAUGGAGCAGACAUUAAUUUAUGUGAGGAGCACGGAGUUAGUCCUCUCUAUAUAGCUUGUGCAAACGGACAUGAUAGCACUUUACAACUUUUACUGAGUAAUGGAGCAGACAUUAAUUUAUGUCAGGAGAACGGAGCCAGUCCUCUCCAUAUAGCUUGUCAUAACAGACAUGAUAGCACUGUACAACUUUUACUGAGUAAUGGAGCAGACAUUAAUUUAUGUCAGGAGAACAGGGUUAGUCCUCUCUAUGUAGCUUGUCAUAACGGACAUGAUAGCACUGUACAACUUUUACUGAGUAAUGGAGCAGACAUUAAUUUAUGUCAGGAGAACGGAAUCAGUCCUCUCUAUAUAGCUUGUGCAAACGGACAUGAUAGCACUGUACAACUUUUACUGAGUAAUGGAGCAUACAUUAAUUUAUGUCAGGAGCACGGAAUCAGUCCUCUCUUUAUAACUUGUGCAAACGGACAUGAUAGCACUGUACAACUUUUACUGAGUAAUGGAGCAGACAUUAAUUUAUGUGAGGAGCACGGAGUUAGUCCUCUCUAUAUAGCUUGUCAAAACGGACAUGAUAGCACUGUACAACUUUUACUGAGUAAUGGAGCAGACAUUAAUUUAUGCAACAAAAACGGAUUCAGUCCUCUCUAUAUAGCUUGUGCAACCGGACAUGAUAGCACUGUACAACUUUUACUGAGUAAUGGAGCAGACAUUAAUUUAUGUCAGGAGAACAGAGUUAGUCCUCUCUAUAUAGCUUGUGCAACCGGACAUGAUAGCACUGUACAACUUUUACUGAGUAAUGGAGCAAACAUUCAUUUAUGUCAGGAGAACGGACUUAGUCCUCUCUAUAUAGCUUGUCAAAACGGACAUGAUAGCACUGUACAACUUUUACUGAGUAAUGGAGCAGACAUUAAUUCAUGUCAGGAGCACGGACUUAGUCCUCUCUAUACAACUUGUGCAAACGGACAUGAUAGCACUGUACAACUUUUACUGAGUAAUGGAGCAGACAUUAAUUUAUGUCAGGAGAACGGAGCCAGUCCUCUCCAUAUAGCUUCUUGUCAAAACGGACAUGAUAGCACUGUACAACUUUUACUGAGUAAUGGAGCAAACAUUCAUUUAUGCAACAAAAACGGAAUUAGUCCUCUCUAUAUAGCUUGUCAAAACGGACAUGAUAGCACUGUACAACUUUUACUGAGUAAUGGAGCAGACAUUGAUUUAUGUAUGAAUGAUUCAGUCAGUAUUUUAUUUAUUGCUUUUGUUUUUAGACGUUACAAAAUUGUAAAUACUAUACUCAACAAUGGCGCAGACACUAGUCUGGCUUGCGGAUGGGAAGUUAAUCCCGCCCUGGUUGAUUGCUUUGAUAAACAAGAUGGCACAGUGGUAUUUUUGAUGCAGAGAGACAACAUUCAAAAUAAUUUGUACGACCCGGAUUCAUAUUUUUCUCUUUUUGUAUCAUGUCAGGUGGAAAGAGUGACAAGAAUGAUAUUUUAAAAAAAGUGUUAAUGGUAUCAUACUUAUAUUAUAUUCAAAUUGUUUAAUAAAGCUGACACACACACACGCACGUAUAUAUAUAUAUAUAUAUAUAUAUAUAUAUAUAUAUAUAUAUAUAUAUAUA